AUGCUCUCAAAUCAUCCGCACGUUCUGCCCGCCCACCACACAAAACAUCUCCCUCUCCUACGUUAUCCUUUUCGACAUCUUUUCUUUGAUCUCGCCCAGAGUGACAACGGCGCGACAAACGGUACCGCGCUCUGGCUAGUUGCGGGACAGCGGCGCUUGAGAGCUAUAGAACUUGGAAGCGGAGUAGGACUAUCCGCGCUUGCUCUGAGUGCCAUCGGCUGGGAUGUAUGGUCUACCGAUUUGCCUGAUGUCGUAGACUCCGUCCUCAUGGCGAAUGUCGCACGCAACGUUGGAAAUUUUUCACCAGACAGUGGCUCUAUCCAUGUGCGUGUCCUGGACUGGACGGUGUCACCGGACCAAUGGGUCUGGGACGAUGAACGCGUCAUUGCAUCUCCAUCCCUUCCUCGUGGAGCACAGAAUGAGGAUAGCGUUCGUCCUGGGCCGCCCUUCGAUCUCAUCAUAUCUUCCGAUACCCUCUAUACCCCAGACCUUGUGUCACCCCUUUUGCGUGCUCUCCACGCUCUCAGCGCGCUCUCGUGCACUUUCUCUCCCUAUCGUUCGCCCCCGGUCUAUCUCUGUAUUGAACGCCGCGAUUCUUCUGUGAUCGAUCAAGCUCUGUAUGACGCAAAACACGUUUGGAACUUCACGAUAGAACGUGUUGCACACAGGAAACUAGUAAAGGCUAUGGAGAAAGGCGGAGUGAAAUGGAGUAAAGAAGAAUGGGAGGGUAUAGAGAUAUGGAAAUUGACGCUCAAUCGGAGCACUAAUAGCUGCUAG